UUGCAAACUCUUUUUUGUUUUCUGGAUCUCUUGAAGGUCAAGUAAGGAUGUUUAUCCAACUAAGUUUGCUCGCGCCAGUAAUGGAGAUUCGCCUUAUCACUGUCCACGUCACUCGUGUGUCUGAUACUGGGGCAGGAGACACCCACGUCUUUCUUUCACGAGCACUCGUCUUUUAGAUGGCCAAGCUAAGUACCAAAGAUAUGGUUUUGUGAUUAUAUCUCCCAGAACAAAGGAGGAACUCAUUCAGGGUUUGAUGCAGUGAGCAAAGUAUGGCUCUCGCAAGGGGAGCCCUUACGCGUUGUGUCGGUGACUCCAAUUUGAGGUUGAGAGCGCCGACUGUGAGUCCAGCGAUUAGAUUGGUCGGUGGUGCUCUCCAAGUUCCAAAGUGUGGAUUUCCAUGUCUCCAAAGGCGCCAAGCUUCUCAUGUAACGCAUUUUACGCACGAGUUUGGACAGAACCAUGUCCAAGUCGUGGAAGGCGAAUCCCCGCAGCCGGAUGAAUCACUGUCAGAUGGUUUGCUAUCAGAGCUUCAGGUACAAACACUAGAAGAACAGGCGCGAAUCUCUGCAACACCUGCUCAUCCAGAGAGCUUGUUUGCCAUGUAUGCAACUUAUGUUGCUGCGUGCUUCAUGGAGCGAGUAUGGCGAUUUGGACUGCCUGCUGUGAUUUCUCUCCUAUCCGAUACGUUGUUGCCUGUGGCAAUGCUCAGCUUUGUUGGCCAGGUAAUCCCAAUGCUCAUAGUGCUUUUUUUUGGCUCGUUGAUUGUUUGCAUACCAGCUCUGUAUGGGAUACACUUUCUUUCCUGCCUACUGGAGCACGCUUGGCACUUUGCUCUUCCUGCGGUUAUCGCAAUUCUGCACCGCAGCUUCCUCCCCGUGGCUGCGGAGAAUUUCGUAAGCCAGCUGGUCAUCUUCGUCGGUGGCCCUUGCGUAGGAGCGUUCAUGGAUUCCAUGCCAAGGCCUGCAUCGUUUAACUUUCUAAGCAUUGUUCAGACUUUCUCCAUGGUCGUCUCUGCUGCCGUGGUAGUUUUCGCCCUUCGUGGUGGAGCAGCAACAGCGUCCACAACUGGACUUCUCCUGAAACCUUGGUUCAUCAUUUUGAUGACCUUCGGUGCGUUGGAGCGGCUGGCUGGCCUCGCAUGCGGCGUUGCUUUCGAAAGGGACUGGGUCGUUCAGCUCGCAGGAUCAAAUCGGUCUCUGGCUUUAGCAAAUGCAAAUGCGAUACUGAGAAGAGUUGAUCUAGUCUGCGAGAUAGCUGGUCCGCUUCUGUUUGGAAUAUUGUUGUCGAGGUAUACUCCUGUCAAAUGCAUUUGCAUUGCCGCGGUAGCAAUGGUUACAUCUCUUCCUCUCCUGAUAUAUCUUGUUCAUUGUACAUAUAAGCUUUCGAAAGGGGUACUAGAUCGCCCCAAAACGCGUAACUGGACCGAGUCCAAAGGAUAUCAAGAUCAAUCAUCCGAGGAAGGCUUUCGUGCCAUCAAGCGUGGAUGGAUUCAAUACUUGUCACAACCAAUUCUUCCAGCAAGUGUCGCUUACGUUCUCUUAUACUUCAAUGCGGUCCUUGGGCCUGGAAGCCUCAUGACGUCUUUCCUAACGCAGCAAGGACUGAACCCGUCGAUCAUUGGAAGCUUUCGCGGGAUGUGUGCACUGAUGGGUUUCGUCGCCACAUUCGUCUCUUCUGCAGUGAUAGGAAAGCUCGGGGUGCUCAAAGCGGGAUUGACUGCUUUGGUAUUCCAAGCCGGGCUGCUUGCUCUGGCUGUUGCUGUCUACUGGAGCACUCAAGUGAAACAUCAGGCUGCCCUCAUCACAUUCUUGGUUUUGAUAGUAGUUUCAAGGCUGGGCUUCUGGGUCUACGAUAUGGUGGAUGCGCAAGUCUUUCAGACAGCGGUGCCAAUCUCGCAGGCCAACCUGGUAGGAACCACGGAGGUAUCGCUAGCGAGCCUCGCAGAGCUGGUGAUGAUGGGAGUGGCCAUCGUUGCGAGCGAGGUGAAUCAUUUUGGUGGCCUCUCGGCGCUGUCGAUGGUGGCGGUCGUAGGGGCUGCUGCCAUCUACUGGAGAUGGCUCGCAAAUCCAAGCCCAGAACAGGCUCGAUUGUUUCCGGGUAGCAGGGACCAAAAUCUAGUUGAAACUUCGCCACAAGUUUGCGACGAAGUGACCAUUGAAGCUUAUGAAGCUUAAAUUCUUUUUUUGCUUUUCUUUUCUUUACUCUCAUGUAAGCCGAAAAGAACGAGCUUUUGUUA